AUGACCACCUUCGACAUAAUCAUCAUCGGCGCCGGAAUCUCAGGUCUAGCAGCAGCGCAUCAAAUUCAGACAUCUCUGCCUCAUCUCUCCUACACAAUCCUCGAAGCCCGCAAUGCCAUAGGCGGCACAUGGGACCUCUUCAGAUUCCCCGGUGUGAGAUCAGAUACGGACCUGGUGACGUUUGGAUUCUCCUGGUAUCCUUGGACGGCGAAUGAGAUCAUUGCCAAGGGAGAGUUGAUUCGAGAUUAUCUGCAGGAAGCGGCGGCGUCGGAGGGGAUUGAUCGACGUGUGAAGUUUGGGCAUAAGGUUAGGAAGGCGGAGUGGGAUGGGGGCAAGGGUCGGUGGCGGUUGAGUGUUGGUGUCGAAGAUGAGAAGACCGUCUAUCUUGAGGCGAGGGCGAUUGUGUUCGCGGCCGGGUACUAUGACUAUGACUCUGGACUUGCGGUGGAUAUUCCAGGACUCAAGAACUUCGAUGGCGAUAUUAUCCAUCCGCAAUUCUGGCCGAAAGACCUGGACUUGAGUGGAAAAAGUAUCGCUCUGAUUGGCAGCGGCGCCACAGCCAUCACCUUGCUCCCCAGUCUGGCCAAAGAAGCCGAACAUGUGACGAUGGUCCAGCGAAGUCCCACCUACAUCCUAUCCCUCCCCAACGCCAUCACCGGAAAAUGGCUCUACAAGUUCUUACCCGGCUGGUUGGCCUUCCAAAUCCAGCGGAUCCCCUAUCUUCUCGGUCCCAUGUACCUGUUUCUCUACUGCAAGUUGUUUCCGAAGACGGCCAGGAGAAGAAUUCGAGACGCAGCCGCCGCACAACUGCCAAAAGACUAUCCGGUCGACAAACAUUUCCAACCGAGAUAUGAGCCUUGGGACCAGAGGAUCUGUUUCUCGCCAGAUGGAGACUUUUACCAGGCGAUUCGAGAUGGCAAGGCGAGUAUCGUCACCGAUACUAUCCAGGAAGUGGGUAGUAAAGGCAUAACGAUGAGCCGAGGGGAUCAACUCGAUUGCGACAUGAUCGUGACUGCCACUGGACUGAAGAUGCGCAUCGCGGGUGGGAUCGAAGUCGUUGUCGACGGCGAGCCAGUUGUACUGUCACGAAAGGCCCUCUGGAGAAGCACGCUCCUUCAGGAUGUUCCAAAUUGUGCGUUUCUGCUAGGGUACAAACACAUGUCCUGGACAAUCGGCGCGGAAAUCAAUGCGUCGUUGUUUUGUCGGGUUCUGAGAUAUAUGGAGGGAAGAGAUCUUCGGACUGUAGUACCGCGACAGACUGGCUUGAGUGAGCUGAUACCUUUCCUCUCGCUCAAGUCGAGUUAUGUGUUGAAGGGGAUGGAUGAUAUGCUGAAAACGGGAAGUUCGGGGCCGUGGAAGGGGAGAGAAACAUACUUUGUGGACAGGCUCAAGGCUCAAUACCUGAACAUCACCAAUGGCUUGGACUUCUCGUGA